AUGUUAGAUAGUACAUCCCUUGAGGUGAUAUCCCGAUUUAAACAAGCUUUAAUUAGUAGAAAUGCACAAACUUUAGAAUCCACAUCAAAGGAUAAACCAUUAAUUGAAGGUACAGAAACAUUACCUGUUUACAAUCGAGGUUUAAAAUUAACAUCAUCAUCGUCAUCGUCGUUGUCUACAACAAGUAAAUUACAACCAGGCGUGAGUACCUUAAAACCUAAAACUGCAGAAUAUAAUGGUAAGAAAUACGUUGUUUUAACCAAUGAAAGCAUCGAAGGUGAUAAUUUACGAAAUAAACGAAAAUGGAAUGAUACAUAUGGUGAAAAACAAACUCAAGAUCAACAAGAAUUAGAAUAUGGAGAAGGAAUAAAAGAAGGUGAUGAAGAAGAUGAAGAAGAUAUUCAUCCUUUGAAAAAAUCAAGAAUUGUUGAAUUAUUAUCCCCUUUAAAUCAUCCAUCUGAAAUAAUCACACAUCCGGCAAUUUCAAAAACUUAUAAACUGCAAACAUUAUCAAAAUUAGCUUAUGAAUUGAUUGAAUUAAUUGAAAUUGAACAAAAUAAUUUAAAUUGGUUAAAUAAAUUAUUGCAAGUUUUAAAUGGUGAAGAUUGGUUUUAUUUAUUGGAAGAGAAUUUAGGAUUAAAAGAUUAUGAUCAUUCAUUAGAUGAAGAAAAAACUAAAAAAAUUAAUUCAAAAGAUAAAAGUAUUGAUGAAUUUGAAGAUGAUGAAGAAAAUUCAGCUGAUCCAUUUUUUGCUUUACCUACUGCUUUAAAAAGAUAUGAAACUUAUCAACAGAGUUUAGAAGCUAAUGAUCCAUUAAAAGAAGAACUUAUAAAUUAUCUUCAAGUUAGUAUUCAAAGACAACAUGAAUAUAUUAAAAAUUUAACCCUGUUGAGAAAUGGUUUGGUUAGAGCUGAUAGAUUAAAAAAAGAUUUAUAUAAAUGGGGUAAAGAAAUGUAUGAUAAGAAAAGUAGCUAA